UUCCUCCAGAUGAUCCUAUCAUCAUGGGGGGACCCAUCAUCAGCCUGAGAGCAGGAGACCCCCUCAACUUGACCUGCCACGCAGACAAUGCCAAGCCAGCAGCCUCCAUCAUCUGGAUGCGGAAAGGAGAAGUCAUCAACGGUGCCACCUACUCCAAGACACUUCUCCGUGACGGCAAGAGGGAGAGUAUCAUGAGCACCCUCUUCAUCGCCCCCUCCGACAUUGAGAACGGCGAGAGCAUCGUCUGCCGUGCCACCAACAAAGCCAUUCCCAGCGGGAAGGAGACCUCUGUCACCAUUGAUAUCCAGCACCCACCCCUGGUGAACUUGUCCGUGGAGCCGCAGCCGGUCCUGGAGGAUAACACUGUGAAGUUCCACUGCUCCGCCAAGGCCAACCCUGCCGUCACCCAGUACAGGUGGGCGAAAAAGGGCCAGGUUAUAAAGGAAGCAUCCGGUGACUUCUACGAAACCAUCGUGGACCACACCUUCUUCUUUGAGCCCGUCUCCUGCGAGGUCACCAAUGCGCUGGGCAGCACAAACAUCAGCAGGACCGUGGACGUCUACUUUGGGCCCAGGAUGGCAACAGAACCACAGUCCCUCCUUGUUGACCUGGGCUCGGACGCGAUCUUCAACUGUGCCUGGACUGGGAACCCAUCUCUCACCAUCGUCUGGAUGAAGCGAGGCUCAGGCGUGGUUUUGAGCAACGAAAACAAGCUGACCCUGAAGUCUGUCCGCCAGGAAGACGCUGGGAAAUACGUGUGCCGAGCCGUGGUCCCGCGGGUUGGCGCGGGGGAACGGGAGGUGACGCUCACCGUCAACGGGCCACCCAUCAUCUCCAGCACCCAGACGCAGCACGCCCUGCAUGGCCAGAAGGGGCAGAUCAAGUGCUUCAUCCGCAGCACCCCGCCACCAGACCGAAUUGCUUGGUCCUGGAAGGAGAACGUCCUGGAAUCUGGGACCUCCGGGCGCUACACGGUGGAGACGGUCAGCACGGACGAGGGUGUUAUCUCCACGCUGACCAUCAGCAACAUCGUCCGGGCUGAUUUCCAAACCAUUUACAACUGCACUGCUUGGAACAGCUUUGGCUCUGACACAGAGAUCAUCCGGCUCAAAGAGCAAGGUACGGAAAUGAAAUCAGGAGCUGGUAUUCAAGCAGAGUCAGUGCCGAUGGCGGUGAUCAUCGGAGUGGCCGUGGGGGCCGGCGUGGCGUUCCUGGUGUUGAUGGCCACCAUCGUCGCCUUCUGCUGCGCCCGUUCCCAGAGGAAUCUGAAAGGCGUGGUUUCUGCCAAGAACGACAUCCGCGUGGAGAUCGUCCACAAGGAGCCGGCCUCGGGCAGGGAGACGGAGGACCACCCAACCAUCAAGCAGCUGAUGGUAAGGAUUUUCUUCUCCCCAUAA